CAGUAUACGACCGGGCUCAAACAGGGCGUCUUCACUGCAGUUAAUACGGUAAAGCGGCGCGUGGUACGAUGUAAUCACGUGUUCCCCGCACUAAGGAAAAGCACCCGGGGUUUAUUCAUACAUCCCACUAUCCAUCCUACUCCAGCGAUCUAUCUGGCAGCUGCUCGGAUGAAGCACCGGUCACCUUCAGAGCAACAUCACGGGAAAAAGUCCCGUGUUUCCGCCGCGGAAAACUCCAGCACACCGCCGGCAGACGGAAUGGAGGACCAGACCGCGUCGAAUCCUCGAGAGCUGACGCAGAAUCCGCUAAAGAAGAUCUGGAUGCCGUAUAAAAAUGGCCUUCCAGAGAAACACAUUGCUCAGAGAAAGGUUUGUAUGACCAACUGUCCUACCCUGAUUGUAACAGUGGGCCUUCCAGCCAGAGGGAAGACGUACAUCUCCAAGAAACUGACCCGCUAUCUAAACUGGAUCGAUGUGCCCACCAGAGAGUUCAAUGUUGGCCAGUACAGACGAGAGUUUGUAAAAAUCUACAAGUCGUUUGAGUUCUUCAGUCCGGACAAUGAAGAAGGUUUAGAGAUCAGGCGACAAUGUGCUUCUGCGGCGCUGAAUGAUGUGAGACAGUACCUCACAGAAGACGGAGGACAAGUUGCAGUGUUCGAUGCAACAAACACGACCAGAGAGAGAAGAGAAACAAUCAUUCAGUUUGCUGAGCAGAACGGCUUUAAGGUGUUCUUUGUAGAGUCUGUGUGUGAAGACCCAGACGUCAUACAAGAGAACAUCGUGCAAGUGAAGCUGGGAAGCCCUGACUACACCAACUGUGACACGGAGGAUGCAGUGGAGGACUUCAUGAAGAGAAUCAAGUGUUAUGAAAACUCCUACGAGACCCUGGAUGAAGUUCUGGACAGGGAUCUGUCUUUCAUCAAAAUCAUGGAUGUGGGUCAGCGUUAUCUAGUCAACCGUGUGAUGGAUCACAUCCAGAGCCGUAUCGUCUACUACCUCAUGAACAUCCACAUCACGCCACGCUCAAUAUACCUGUGUCGUCACGGUGAGAGUGAGCUGAACGUCAAGGGACGCAUCGGGGGAGAUUCGGGUCUUACUCCUAGAGGAAAAGUGUUUGCAGAGAAACUCGGCCACUUUAUUCAGACACAAGGUAUCAAUGACCUCAAGGUGUGGACCAGUCAGAUGAAGAGAACCAUCCAGACAGCAGAGGGCCUCGGUGUGCCCUACGAACAGUGGAAAGUCUUAAACGAGAUUGAUGCAGGGGAGUGUGAGGAGAUGAUGUAUGAGGAGAUCCAGGAGAACUAUCCUCUGGAGUUUGCCUUGAGAGACCAGGACAAGUACCGCUAUCGCUACCCAAAGGGAGAGUCCUACGAAGACCUCGUUCAACGAUUAGAGCCAGUCAUCAUGGAGCUGGAGAGGCAGGAGAACGUCCUCGUCAUCUGUCACCAGGCUGUCAUGCGUUGCCUAUUGGCGUAUUUCUUAGAUAAGACGGCGGAAGAACUGCCAUACUUGAAGUGCCCGUUGCAUACUGUACUGAAGCUCACACCAAUUGCCUAUGGAUGUAAAGUAGAGUCAAUCUGCUUAAAUGUGGAGGCAGUUGACACACACAGAGAAAAACCAGAGAACGUAGAGGUGUCGCGGAUGUCAGAGGAGGCUUUGCAAACAGUGCCAGCUCACCAAUGAGGCAGUGCACCUCCCUCCCUCCCUCCCUCACCUUUUUCCCGCUCACUCACCCCAUCACCCUGUAUUACCCACACAGUACGUUACUGACGCACAGCGUUUCUGCCCAAAUGUCGUCGCUCGUACCUGUUGGGUUUUUUUUUUUUAAUCUUCUGUUGGUAAAAUUGACUGGAAUCCAGUUUCAACUCUUGAAUCCAAUGACACAAGUUUUGUGUCAACUUGAUUCGCCUUGUAAUGGACAAUGAAAGAAAAUCAGAUUUAUUUUUUAUUCUUUAAUUUUAAUCUAUUGGUGAAACUGUGAGGUAAUAUUAACUUCAGCACCUUUUUCUGUUUUAGUUUGUUCUCAUUUCUUUCUCUAAUUUAUCAAUGUUUUGUCAGUAUGUGAUCAUAUUAUAGAUUUACAAAACUAACAGAUUUUGCACAACUUACACGGGUGUGCUUUUUUGUUGCGUUUUACACAAGACGUUAACUCUGUUUACAUUGUUAGAAACACUAUACAUAGUCUUUCUUUAAAAUGUAGAAUGUUUAAUGCUGAAUGAAGACUGUGGAAGUGUAGUAACACUUAUUGCACAAUGUGAAACUUAUCUGCAGGAAGAACAUACCACUCACUCAACAAUGGCAAUACAAUACUUGUGUUUACUGGUUCUUAAUAAACUAAAUUUAAACUUU